UUUUUUUCCGUGUGGAGGCUGGUUGAUUGAUGAAUGUUUGGAUGGGCACCAAUGAAGGCGUCUGUUAGGCUGAUUCUAGCGGUGUGCUGCGUGUACACCGUCCUAUCUGGGUUCCCAAGAGGCGGGGGAUUGUCGGACGAGCUCUCCCUGUGUGCCGUGGCUCUCAACCACUCUGUCAACGCCUCCAAUACCUCCGACUACUUCAGCCUCUCGAAGUCUGUGUGCAGAGGGGGAUGACUACUACACAGGCUGCAUGGACUACCAGGGGACAGUCUUCAUAGAGUCAGACUCUGUUUCCCACACCGGGGCCUCCUCAGUCAUACGGGUGGCCAUUAACCCCAACGCCACUGCCGGCCAGGAAGAAUUCUACUACACAUUCUGCGUCUCGUACAACGAGUCCUUCACGUACGAGCUGGUAGCGUGUGCCAGUAACGAGGGGGAGGAGUUUCAGAUCCAGCACACCUGGGAGAAGAACGGGCUGGCCCAGGUGAGGGUGGGUGUCUUCCCCAACUACUACCACGGAGAGCCCCUGGGCUGCAAUGCCACCAGCACCAUCGUGGCAGGGAACUUUGGUCUAAAGCUUGGCAUGAAGCUGCAUAAUGACAAACAAACUUUUUCCAAGAACCCGCCCCCUUUCUCCUCCUCCUUCCCCUCCUCCAUCCCCUCACCCGUCACCAACAGCACCAACAACUCUUACGUCACCGGGAACCUGACCUUUGAACCUAUAACAGAGUUGACAAUGGGAAGCAGCAGUUCCAGUGACCAGACGACAUACCGCUAUAUUUUCAUCUAUGAUUACGGGGACAACUCGUCGUUGGAGGAGAUUUCAUAUUUCAACUCGUCCCAUCUCUACGAACGGCCCGGCAACUACUCUUAUGCAGUGGAGGGUUUUGCCGUCUACAGUAAAGACAAUAUCAAAGCCUACUAUGGUCUGCACACGGGCAUUAUAACUAUACUAGACCCGGUGUCCAACCUGAGCGUUCGAUUCAACAACAACAACUCCAUCGUAGCAGACACUAAGGUCUACCUACACAUCUGUGCCAAUGGAAGUUUCCCCAUCUCUGUGUGCUGGACGGUGCAGCCAGUCAACAGCAGUAGUAACUCCUCAAACCCCAUCACCACCUCCCAGUGCCCCUCCUCCUCCAAUAACAUCGCCACCUGUCACUCCAUCUCGCGGGAGUACCCCUGUCCCAGCUACGAGAUGAGUUUCUCUGAAAAGGGCCGCUACGACAUGAUUGUCACCUUUUCCAACAAAGUCAGCUGCUCUCGUGUGGUAUACACCUUCCAUGUGGUGGCUGCUGCGAAGCCUCCGAUAGUGGCGACGACGACCAGUGUGGGAGUGGUGCUGGCCAUAGCUCUGGCUGUGGUGGUGGUACUUGUCAUUCUGGCUGUUGGAGGAUACCUCCCUUACAGGCGCUACCGGAACCACAUGAUAGAAACGGCAGACUUCAAAUUCAUUGACCUCUCGGAGAGGAAUGUGUCAGCGUGGAGCAGAUUCAAGACAGAAGAUACGGCGGGUGGUUCACUCCCGCGGGAACACUGAUAAGAUAGGUCUGGUGAACCUUAUAGACGAGCCACGCCGAGCUUCUGGCAGUAGCAACAGCUCCACCUCCUCCUCUUCAUCAUUAGGCUCCUAUAAUAAUUACAAUACUGUCUAGUGCACGCACCCCACAGUCGUCAUGGUUUCUCCACUGUGUGUGUGUGUGUUAAUGUGAGGUGCCCCUGUAAUAUGUCUGUUGGUGAUGUCUGUGUGAAUGGUGCCUAUGUGAUUUUCAUGUGAUUUUGUAGUAUUCUUGUUGUUAUGUUGCUGUUCUUUUCAUGCACUGCAUAUUAAUAUAAUAUGUAUGUAGUAUGUGCUUUUUGAUCACUGCAUUCAAUAUUACAAAACCUACCAAAAAUAUUGCGCAAAUUUGUAGAAAGUCAUAAUUAUUAUGUGCUAAUGCAUGUGACAUAAUGUGUAUAUAUAGGAAAGAGGAAUGUUGUGUGCACAACUGAAGCAUAAGUAUAUGUGUUGUACAGUGGUAAAGUGAUACUGAAUGUGAUGGACUCGCUAAGUGAUGAAAUUGCUCUUUACGGCACACUGUACAUAUGUACAUAACAUGUAUAUACAUUCUAGAGUGGUUGGGAAAUGCUACUAGGCACACUUCCAGAGACAGAUGGCAGUGUUCCCGCCAAAGAACAGGUAGAGAAGGUUCUUGCAGUCGUAGGCAAUCUCGAAACCAAACCCCAUCCCCACCACCGCAUGCCACGUGGCUCCAAACUUCUUGUCCAUCGUCUCCUUUAUCAUCUUUGCUGCACCCUGCACACAUACUACACAUACCAUAGGGAUCUCAACGUACUGUAUAGCAGUUGAAAGCUAAUUGACAGGCUAUCCAAAAAAGAGGAGUGUCUGCAAUAAUUACUGGCUAUAGAGAGGUCUCACAAUAGCCAUUGUUUUUGUGGUCGUCAUGGUAAUACACAUGUGUGCACCAAGUUUCACCUCCAUGCCAGCCUGUUGAAGUGCUAACCUCAUUGCUGCUGGCAUGUUUCUCACAUGCGGUGACACACAGCUCCAUAGCUUCCAGCCUCAUCUCCUCGUUCAUGUCAGAAUAUCUAAUGAGAGGAAAGUUGUGCAGCUUUCUGUUGUAGAAUCCUAGGUCUGACUCCUCGCCGCCAGUUGCCGCCGCAGUAGUCUCCCCUGCAGUCCCGGCACCACCCUCUCCACCGCCUCCUGCCUCUUCAGCCAUGGCGGUCGGCUAACUCUGACGGUGGUCGAGCAGGUGUCGAGUGGGCACUUACGCGAAUGGCUGUUCUCUUGCAGGCAAACAGCCAACAGCCAACGGUGCACGGAUCCGAACAGCGGACUGGAGGUGUAUUCGUUUCUAUGGUUACUAGCAGAAGGGGCGGGGGGAAGCGGGAAGGGGGGAGGAGCUGAAUUUGCGCUUAUAGACAACCGCGCUCUGCGUAAUGCAUGUUGCAUUUAUUUAUGGCCCAUCCAGGUGAGAAUUUGCAUACACGAUACAGUGUUUGCUGUUAUGCUGGCAUAUCCUAGGACCUGCAACAGUGGGGAGUGAGGAGGGUGAGGAGGGAGGUAGUGAGGCAGAGAGUGAGGGAGGAGAGGAGGAAGGAGAGGACAAAAGACUGUCUCCUGACGAGUGUGCUAAGAGGAGAA